CACUAUCUAUAUCAUAAUGCAUUUGUAGGUGAGGAGGAAAGAAGUGGGGUCAUCUCCCUGCAUUUUUUAAUGUCCAGAGACGGCCCCUUUAGGAGUCCACACAUAAAGGUAGGCAGGAAACAGGUGGGAAAUCCAACACUACACCUGUUGGCUGCCAAAGGUCACACCUAGCUACCUCCUUUUGUGCCUGCGCUUCAGGGUAAGUAAAUAGCGGGGCCAGGAAAUGAGCAUGAAGCCUCUCCUUGGCAUGUGUGGCCAAACUCGCACUGGUGUUAGGCAGAAACCCCUAGAGGGCACAGCUUUGGGGAGGGGAAAGCAAUUAUGGCAGGAGGACAUUUUAUUUUGUGGGGGGCAUGACGGGAAGAGAGGAUUAUGCGCGCGUAGCCUUGGAGAGGGCGAGGCAGCUGUAGUGCGUGUGUAUCUGAGGGGGGGCAUUUUGGAAAGCAGGAUCACUGGGAGUGGGACCGAGGAGGCACCGAGGUAGCAACUGGCAGGGAAAAAGGUGGGGGACAAGCGCGAGGGGAUGGGCAGAGCGAGCGCGAGAGGGAGGUGACCGUUGGUGGGGGGGGAGAGGGAGAUGAAGCGCGAGGCGGAGGGAGGGGCUGGGCACAGCGAGCGUAGAGAACGAGGGGGUAGGGGGAGCGCAAGGCUGCGCUGGGCGGAGGGAGGUGACCGUUGGGGCAGCGCGAGGCGGGGGGGGGGAGCGCGUGCUGAGUGCGCCCUGCUGGCCCGCGCGCGCAAGGGCCCCCGCCCGCUGGGAUUCCCGAGGGGAGGGGCGGGGCAGGGAGGGUGUGAGCGGGGAGCCUAGAGCUCUUGCUUGCGCUCCCUUGUCCUCCGCUCGCGCUCCCCCCCUUUUUUUAGCGGAGAAGGGAGGGGGGAAGGUGGAGGAGAAGGGAGGGGGGGUUACCUGGAAGAUGAAGCUGCUCCAGUUGCUCGGGUCCAUGGCGGCGGCAACGAGCGGGGGAGGGGGGGGUUCAGCUCGGCGAGAGGGGGGGUCGGGAAGGGAGGGGGGAGCGAGUGGGGAGCAGCAGCAACGUCGCGCGGGCGGGGGGAGUGAAGGUGGGAGGGGGGAUAGAGCGAGGAGGCAGCGGCGCGAGGAAACCUCGGCGCGCACGCUGAUUGGCCCCCUCUGCGCGCGCGCGCGCCCCCCGGCGCCACAGCCUCUCUGGGCGGGGAGGGGUGAAGAGGGGGUAUGGAGAAGGCGGCAGGUAGCGAUUGGGUGGGGCUGCCGUCCUCGCUCCCGACGUGCGCGGGAUCGUACAAAAGGCCCCCACGUGUGGUGCUUGCUGAUUGGGUGGAGUGACGAGCGCUGUGGCCGUAGGGUUUUUUUCUUUUAAAGAAGAAAGUUGAUUGGCCGGCGCCGAGGCGGCCGCGCGCGAGUAACGGUUGCUCCUUUCCCCUCCCCGUUAGUUUUCUUUUGAGUGACUCCGUCCCCUCUCACAAAAUGGCCGCCAGGGAAGAGCUUCAUCCGUAAUGGCCAUUAUGGUGCCUUUUCUCUUUCUGCCCCUCAUUCCGUAUUAUUCAACCCCCUGCCGUACACUUAUGUCGCCUAUAUUUAAAAAAAAUGUCGCAGGGAAGACGAACGAACUCGACAGCAUAUUUGGGCUUGCAGGUACUAGUAAGUAAGGUGUAGGACGAUCUGCAUGACGCCUGCUGUGAUCUAGAACUUAACACAGACAGCUAUGCUUUCAUAGUAUGGGAUUAUGUCACUGGCAUGCGGCAUUGUACUGCAGCUUCAACCAUAUCUGGAAAUAAACCCCGUUGAAUCCAGUAGAAAUUCUGAAUAGAUAUGGUUUGUAUUGCCCUCUUGGCGCUUACACCACAAACAGGAGAUUUUACUCAUUUAUGCAAGUUACUUUAAUGUGACUUUUAUGCAGACUUCACCUGGACAACCUUCAGCAAGAACUUGAGUUAAAUGUGAGACUUCUAACUCUUAUGUCACCUCUUGGCAAAGAAGGCCUCAACCACAAUUACCUAGGGUCCCUUGUUUUAUCACAUGACAGGCUUGGGAAAACAUCAGGAUCGCAUUUGUGCACCAAGUGUUCUUAAUUGAGCUCAUAUUUAGCACCACAAUGCUGCUGACUCAACUUGGCAGGCAAACAGAUAACAAUUUUUAGUAGAAAUCCCAGUGGGUAAUACCUUGUUUCCAUAUUUUCUGUGAUCGCUGUCCCAUGCACCCUGUUCAAUCCACAUUAUACUUGUGCCAGGGCAGAUUUGUAAGUUAGCUACGUUCAUGUAAUAUAUGCUAUUUUACUACUUUUAUAAUAUUCUUGUCCUCCAAGGAGUUCAAGUGGAGUACUUGAUACCCUGUGGGAUAAGUUCCAGAUAGUGACAACUCCAAGGUCACCCAGAGCUUCAUGGGCCAAUGGGAAUUUGAACACUAUGAGUCUUCCUUGUACUACAGGGAUACUAACCUCUAUAGCACUCUGUCUCCUGGCUUGAAUUGCACUCUGAAACCACAAACCACUGAGCGUCAGACUUUUAUAUGGAUGCUGUCAACAUAUUUUCUCAAAGCCUCUGCUUGGUUUUGAGUUGGACUUUUAAAAAAAUGUUCCAGUAACCGAUUUUCCACAAGCCUGUGUCUUGACUGAUUCUGAUAACUUCUCUGUUUUAAAGCCAACCCAAAACACAAGUUUACAACCUAUUUGUUGUACCCUUUGUAGCACUGAGCUGGGCAAAUUGAGGAGUGCUUUUGAGGGAUUACAAUGUAUUGCUAUUAUAAUCGCUAUAUAAUAGGAAGAUGCUUCAAAUACUUAAGUGGUGGUGGAGGAGGUGAAAAUAAACAUUUUCUAACAAUGACAAUGUGUGGCCCUGCUCCUGGAUCAUGCAUAUUCCAAAUAUAACUGUGUUAUAUUUGUGUGGAUAUAGAAUUGCAGCUCAAUUUCAUAGUCAAUGGGACUCAGCAAAGAGGGACUUUGAGUGCAGCCCUGCUGUGCAGUCCUGUGUGUGGUUUCAAAAGCAAAGCCUUCUAUGUUGAAUGAUGUUUACUCACAGGCACAAGUAUGCUUAGGGUCGCUGCCUUAGGGCUUCCAAGUAAACAGGAGUCGAAGUGGAAUGUUUGCCGCACAAGUGAGGUCACGCACUUUGCUUGGAUGUGACGGCAGAGGAAAUGGCUGGCAGAUUAACCCCCCAAAAUGACACGCUUUUGUUUUUCUGGUGCACCUUUCAAAUGGCUGAAGUGGACAAUUAGUAUUCCUUAAAUUAAAAAACAACAACAGACUAGGUGACGUUACGCUACAGAAUUUGUCUUGUUUUGGAAGCUAUUUCUCAACGCGCAUGCGUUUUGCAGCAGUUCGGUACCGUAGUCUGAAAAGAAGGAAAAUACGCAUGCGCUUUGGGAAGAACGGGGGCGUAGCAGUGAGCCGUGCAUGGACCGAUGCGGAGGCUCUGCGAAAACAAUACGCUCGUGCGCAGUACAGCUCGCUGGUUGUGUCGCGCGCGCGGCUAUAUAGUGUAAAUAAAUCAAUGCGCAUGCUCCUAAAGCCUCGGAGAGCGCAUGCGCAGCGGGACGCCUGCGUCUUCCGACUGCCGUGAAGAAUGCAGUAUGCGUUUGCCGCAUGCGUAGUAAAAGCACCUCGCGAUUUGCCGCCUCCCCUCGUUUCCCGUAUGAGUUGUGAUCUCCAUUUUACGCUGCCUGAGCGCCAGCAGUGCCGCCUGUGAGCGAAUUUCAGUCCGGAUUGUUUCAUGUUUGCAAUAAAUGUGAAGAGGCCAGGAUUGAAAGCAGUUGCUCAACAGUGUUCCUGAUGAAGAAUUAAGUGUGAAGCACGUUGGGUUUAAUUUUUAAAAACGCAUAUAUUAUUCAGUCUUCUAUCCCUGCGACUGAUGCCUUCCCUCCUUUUUUACUGUUAAUGUGUAAGAAGGAAGAAAAUAAAGCAUCAAAAGUAACCAGGAAUUCCCACCUUCAAUUAAACUAAAUAAAGUAUUUAACUGAUAAUUAUUUUGUAGACCUCUUGUGAUCUUAGUGGACUUACAUCCCAUACAAGAAGGUGUGGGAGGGGAAGCACUGUAAGGAAAAAAGGAAUAAUAUAGGAGGCUCCUCUUCAAGCUAGAAUUUCAAUGAAUUUCUCCCCCAAGCUGUUUUGUGUAGCCAAUAACCAGAGAAGUGCUGAAAUAAUUUCUCAUACAUUGCUUCUGUAAUCGUUAAAAUAAUGUUUUGAGGUUGGCUUUUCUUUUUCAUUUGUAUAUUGCCCGCCAUCUGAAAAUCUCAGGGGUGGUUCACAACACAAAUAAAAGAUAAAAAACUACAAAAUAUAUGAUAAAAACAAAAAAACCAGCAACGCUCCCCUCCCUGCCACACACAGCAAAGGGCUGGUUGUAGAGAAAUGUAAUGAAGGCACCAGGCGGACCUCCCUGGGGAGAGCAAACAAACAAGAAGGCCUGUUGUGUUGCCAGUCACCCUCCAGAUCUCUCAUGGAGGAGGCACAUGAAGAAGGGCCUUGGAAGAUGAUCACAGGGUCUGGGUCGGAUCAUAUGGGAAGAGGUGGUCUUUGGGGUAUUGUGGUCCAGUACCAGGACUUUGAAUUAGGCCCAGAAACUAAUCUGCAGCUAGUGCAGUCAAGCCAGGAUCAGUGUCAUGCUCAAACAGUCUUGCCCUGGUGAGCAACCUGGCUGCUGAAUUCUGCACCAGCUGAAGCAUCCAAACCCAUCUUCAGAGACAGCCCCACAUAUAGCUCAUUGCAGUAAUCUAAUCUAGUGGUUACCAGAGCAUAGACAAUGGUAGUUGGGCUAAUAUUUUUGACAAAUGGAUAAAUUGAGAUGAGGCUAUGACUGCAAUCCUAAUCCUGUUUACCUAAGAGUAAAUCCCAUUCAUUCACUUGGAUUUACUUCUGAGUAGACAUGGUUAGGAUUGUGUUGUAAGAAAUAAUUGUCUAGAUUUGAAGCAAGGAUUCAAAGCUUGAGCUCAUACCCAUGGGUAAAUUAUUCAACCACUUAAAGAGAAAUAUGUAUUCCUAGAUGUACCCAGGUAGUCUGAUACAGUACAGCAUACCAAGUGUGCAUCUAUUACACAAAUGUAAAGCAGUUUAGGCACCAGUGCUUUGCCCCAAAGGAACAUAAGAAUUGUAGGAUGACAUCUCAGGCAGAGAUUCCUUGGUCCCUAAAACAGCUACAAUUCACUGUGAAUGCUAAAAACUUUUCUAUCUGAAGUUGAAUGAUUAUGCUGGAUGUAGGGUAGGUUAGGGUGGCCAACUGUGCUAGGGCUCCUGUGCCUUUAACUGCUGCCCUAUAGUCUUCCCCUCAUUGUUGAAGUGAUUGAAAAAGCAGCACCUGCUGCAUUCCCUCCUUUCAUGCAACUGUUAAAAAGGGAGCCCUGCCCUAAAAUAGUCAUUGGUAAUUUGCCAGCUUUUAGCAAUUGGGUUGCUAGCCUCUUUGUUUAUUGAAGGAGUUAUGUAACUUGAGAAGUAAAUAACCAGGCCGAAUUUCAUAAUUUUUUACAAGUUUUCAUCAGACCCACCUAUCCCAGCAUGAUAUAUAAAAAUGCUUCUAAGUCAAGUAGAAAAUCUCUAAAAAAUUUAAUACCCCAGUAAGUUAAGGUUACCAGACGUCCCUGUUUCCCGGGGACAGUCCCCGGAUUUACAAAUCAGUCCCCAUGCAAAAUCCAUUGAAGUUGAAAAGUGUCUCCGAAUUCAUUGAAAAAAAUCUGGUAACCUUACAGUAAGUCAGUCUCAAGUAUCUUUAUAUGUGAGUGGGAUUAUACAAUAUCUGGUAGGAAGGAUAUGAUACGAUAUCUGGUAGGCCACUUCCCUCGCAUGGGAAUUCCCUUGUGACUUUACAGCUAUGUAAAGGACAGGCUUUCAACAAGUGAAGUGUUUCCCACCACUGCUCAAACUUCAGCUGUUAUUCUCCAUCAGGGCAGUGGCGUAGCGUGGGGGGUGCAGGGGGGGCCGGCCGCACCGGGCGCAACAUCUGGGGGUUAGGGUUAGGGGGUGCAAAUCCACUGGUUAGGGGGCGCAAAUCCACGGGUUAGGGGGCGCAAAUUACUUGCCUUGCCCCGGGUGCUGACAACCCACGCUACGCCACUGCAUCAGGGCUGGCUCAAGACAUUUUGGCACCUGAGGCAAACCACAAAAUGGUGCCUCCCCAUUGCCAGGGGAAAAGGAAGGAGUGAAGUUCUACACUGGGAACAAGGGUGGGAGGGAGACCCACAGCACCUCCUGUUUGUCAAGAGGCUGCUGUAGAGCGGGCAUGAGGGGGCUCUGCCGUCAUUGCCACCAUGGGUGGUGCUUUCCUUGCAGGCUGGAUUUGCUGCCCCCGUGGAUCCUGCUGCCUGAGGUGGCAGACCCAAAGGAGGGCUUGUGAGAGUGGUUGGGUGCAGGGGUACCAAAGAAGGAGGUUAAAAAAUGCUAGAGUGAACUGUUCUGGUGCUUUAUUAAAAGAAACUUGCAGAUUUCAGCAAAUCAGCCUGCCAGCGUCUCCCAGCCUUUACAGAUGUGGGAUGGACACCACAGCGAGGACAUGGCUUGUCUGCACCCAAGCAAAUCUGCUUAUAUUACUUAUACACAAAGCAGCACUCGUCACUUUGAAGAAGAAGAAGAGAAGAGUUUGGAUUUUAUAUCCCGCUUUAUCACUACCCGAAGGAGUCUCGAAGCGGCUAACAUUCUCCUUUCCCUUCCUCCCCCACAAGUGGGGGGCUGAGAGACUUCAAAGAAGUGUGACUGGCCCAAGGUCACCCAGCAGCUGCAGGUGGAGGAGCGGAGACGUGAACCCAGUUCCCCAGAUUACGAGUCCACCGCUCUGAACCACUUAACCACUACACACACACUUUGGCUAGAACUUCCAUCACUCCACCUGACUAGGUGAAGGCAUAGGUGGCAAAUACCCAAAUCUUACAGCUAGUUCCCCUUUCUGGGCUCAGAGCCCCGUACCCUAAGCCCACAUAUAAGGAUAACAUCAAAGCAAGCCCAUUAGCCUAUAACAAAGCAAAUGCAUAUACAGUGGUACCUCGGGUUAAGAACUUAAUUCGUUCUGGAGGUCUGUUCUUAACCUGAAAUUGUUCUUAACCUGAAGCACCGCUUUAGUUAAUGGGACCUCCUGCUGCUGCUGUGCCGCCGCUGCACGAUUUCUGUUCUCAUCCUGAAGCAAAGUUCUUAACCCGAGGUAAUAUUUCUGGGUUAGCGGAGUCUGUAACCUGAAGCGUAUGUAACCUGAAGCGUAUGUAACCCGAGGUACCACUGUAUAGGAGCUCAUUGCUGCAACAACUACCAAUUAAUUGUGGGGUUAUCUCAACUACCAAGGUGGUAUUAGCAGAGCUUCCAGAACAGUUCACCUUUGGAUCAACACAGUGGUUGCCUCACCUUGCCUCACAGGUGGGCCGGCCCUGAUCCCCACCCUCUCUUUCUUUGCCUGACACUGCACCGCCCACAACCAUUGUAGGCAUGAUGCUGAAGUAUUUUUCGCUCUAUAAGACGCACCAGACCAUAAGACACACCUAGUUUUGGGAGGAGGAAAGCAAGGGGGGAGGAAAUCUGAAUCUCAGAAGCCAGAACAACAAGAGGGAUCACUGUACAACAAAAGCAGCGAUCCCUGUUGCUGUUCUGGCUUCUGGGAUAGCUGUGCAGCCUGCAUUCGCUCCAUAAGACGCACACACAUUUCCCCUUACUUUUUAGGAAGGAAAAAGUGAGUCUUAUAGAGCAAAAAAUACGGUAGUUACCAGUUCCCAAAAAUCCAGAAGGCUGUUCUCUACAAUAUGGCAUUGAAUCCUGCCUGCUCCAAAGCUUCACAUGAUAAUAAGCCACUGUCAAGUGCAUAUUCACGUAUGAAUAAUAGCCAAAAGAUGUAGGGGGGCAAUAAGGAGCUAGGAGUUCACAUCCCAGAAUAAGCUCUGAGCACCACAAAGCCAUGCUUCUGGGGGAGUGUCCUCUGUAAGAUGGUGUUGAAUUCCAUCUAGCUCAAAGCUUACUUGGGGUGCAAGGGACAUAUAUUAUUACAUUUUGGGGCUAUUGUCCCUGUGCAGACAUGCACUUGGCUGUUCCUUGCACCCAGAGGAUUCAUCAGCAUUUCUUAAAAGACCGUGUCCCAGUUGCGCAGGUGCAUGCUUUGUGUGGUCCCAAACCUCAUCCUGAGUUGCUGGCUCUCAGUUCCUUGCUUUUUUAUUGUCACAUGUUAUCACACAUUUAGGAGUGUUGUGCAAAGAUGGUCAUUUUGGGCUGAGUCCAAUGCUAGUCCUACUCAAUGAGUAGCCUCAUUGAAAUGAUCGCAUCUAAGUUAGGGUCUGCUCUGAGCAGGAUUAACAUUGGUUACAACCCUUAGAUGAUAGAAAAUCAUUGCUUGUCCCAAAGGGAAGAGUCCCCUGAAAAUGCAGGAAUGUGGGGUCAGUAUACUUACCUUGUGAUUCAGUUCAGGGACAUAUAUUUCUUUUUUAGUGUUAUGAACUUUCAUCAGAUAAGGAACUGGGAAUUAGGAAGCUACUUCAGCAUGGUGAGGCAAAUCCAGAACUAGGAUAUGAGAAGUAGGAACCAGCUUCAGCAACAUAAUAGUGGCUGAGAUGUGUGGCCACACUUCUAUUAUGAACAGACCCAGUUCCGUUUGAUAAGUUUGUCGUGUCUAAGAACUCCCAAUAUGAUGAUUAGGGGAUACAACUACCAAUGUCUCUUCUCCCCAUUCUUUCAAGGUGUGGCCCCUGCCCUUAUGAUUCCUUCUAUGCUGUUAGGGUCAUAAAUUAAAUUGCACCAUCCAUUUAGCAAUCUGCUUUCCCUUUAAAAGGUUCUCUCCCACUCGCUACUUUGCUCCUCCUCUACCAGGAACCGAAAGCUUCAGGGGGAAAUUCCUGGCUACAAAACUCUCCAGAAAACAAGCGCUCUGUUCUGCAGUAAGUUUUCUCCUCUCGCAGAUUCCGCUUCAUUUUAGCUAGUAGACGUCUUCGCUUGGGAUGUGCUCUGGAUGCUAUCCAUCUAGAAUCGGGAGGUUGGUUACAAAAGCAAUAAUCCCUUCCAAGGCUGGAGCUUGAGGAAUUCGGAGUUGCUGAAUCCUUCCGUCUGCCAUUAUCUGGAAAUUUAAUUUGUCUUGCUUUUUCUCCCUCCCUCCCAGAUACCAAGCGCUGCAGCUAAGCUGUUCGAGAAGUCUAGCCUGAGAUUUAUAUUUCCAACAACAUUCAGGUCCUGUAACUUCCUGCCCUAGUCUUUUUAUGUGCCAGAUUGCUAAGCACUUUCCCUGUAAUUGCCUGGAGACUUUGAUUCUGCUCCGUGGAAGUGGGUGUGUCCCCUUAGUAGCACCCCCAUCCGGGCUUGUGGUUGUUGCUGCAUAUUGGUUUCUGCAAAAUAGGGCAGGGCUGGGUUCCCUCAGUUUGUUGAAGGAUUAAGUGCAGCGAAAGGCAUUGGUUUUAGCACAAUGUGGAUACAAAGGGUGUCGCACAGUUCCUCCAGGCCCUGCCCACGGGGGUAAGCCUGUGGGAAGGUGACUCAGGAGUCGAGGGUGUGCCCAGGGCAGCGUUUUAAACUGGAGAUUUCUGUCGGGUUCAUCCUAUUCAGAUUGCCCUCUCUUUACAACCGCUCUCAGGAGGCGAGAUGGCAGCUGAAUCGAUAAUCCGGAUCCCCCCAUACUACUACAUCCAUGUCUUGGACCAGAACUCAAAUGUGACUCGGGUGGAAGUGGGACCCAAGACCUAUAUCCGCCAAGACAAUGAGAGGUGAGCAAGCCUCAAAAAAGGAGGGUAGUUUCUGUUUGCCCCCUUUCCUCAGGAGGGCUCCAGUAGUGCCACAAACAGUGAGUGACGCAAGUGUUAGUAAUUCCCUGCAGUAGUUAUGUUCCUCUUCCUGCUUCACCAUUUUCUCUUUCUCCCACAGAUAUACACUUCCCUUUUUAAUAGUUGUUUAUGAGAGGCAUCGCCCGCCCUUAACCAUAAUGUUUGGGGCUUUUUGUUUUUGAUAAAUUGGUUUUAUUUAUACGUAGGGGAGACCACAGUAACAGAAUCGUUACCUUAAAAUGGCUAAAAGAGAACAAUGUCAGAAAGGGCAAACCGAACUCUAAAGUUCUUAGGUAUGUUACAACAGGCAUGACUGUGGAAUCUUGCCUAGGCCGAAGCUUACUUCAGGUGCAAAGGACAUUCGCCUUUCUGUACUCUAUUUGCACUAGUCUGUCACUGCACAGCCCUGUUGUAGGUUUGGAAGUGAUUUGCAUGAAGUCAGGGAAGUGGAGGGGAUCCAGUUGCACAAUGGUCAUGGCAAUGGAGUGAGAAAGGAGAGGCACCGAGAGGAAAGAAGUGGUGCUUUACAAAACGAUGGGGAGAGGCUGAAGAGGGUGAGAAGGGGGAAACAUUGAGGUUUUGUUUUUUAAACAAGUUUUAACAAGGGAGAAAGAGUGAAGAUGUAUACAACGCACAAGCCAAAACCAAAAUGCCUUUCUCAGCUCCCUUCUUGCUAUACUCAAACCUGGUUUAAACCGCCACAUCUUUCCCCUCAGUGUCCUUGCAAGACUACGGGUAUAAUGAGGUCACUUUGCUAAACCUGAGCUGCCAACAAGCUCAGAUAUAAGAUCUCUUCCCAGCUGCAGAGAACCCACAAGUCCACAGUCCUAGCUGAGCCUUUUAAUUCUUCCCUCCAAACCUGCUUCCCGCUCCAGGAUCGUGUUUGCCCCAGUGAAGAUGGUGAUGGUCCCCCCUCGCUAUUACUGCGUCAUCCUCAAUCCAGUGGUCCGAGGAGCAGAUGGUGCAGUUGAGCUCAAUGUGGGGGGGCAGGUGCGGCUUAGGCAUGCCGACCUAGAGAUCAGACUGACUCAGGACCCUUUCCCUCUGUACCCAGGGGAAGAGCUACAGCAGGUAAGGACAUGGGAGCUUCUCCUCUCCACAGUGGGGCCCCAUAGCGAGGGCACAAUCAGAGGGCCAUUAGAUGUGGGGCACAUGUGUUUGGGCCUACAGCUGUUAGCAGUGAUGGUUCCAUUAACCUCCAUCAUCACAGACAAUACGUCUCUGAAUAGCAAUAGCUAGGAUCAUGAGCAGGAAAGUGCUCUUGUGCCCAGGUCUGGCUUGGGGGCUUCGCAGGGGCAUGUGGUCAGCCGCUGUGAGAACAGGAUCCUGGACCAGGUAGGCCUUUGGCCUGAUCCGGUGGGUCGUUCCUUUGAGAUUCAGCACUUUGAGAUUCUCCAGAGGAGUCGGAACAUAAGAAGUGCCUGGUGGAUCAGGCCAGUUGCCCUGUUCUUACAGUGACCAGCCAGAAGCCAGUGGAAAUCUUCACGUGUUAAUCCAAAAAGCAGGACCUGUGCACGAAGCCUUUGACUUGGGAAUUGUUCUGUUGCCAUGACUCCCUUUGCUCACUGUCUCCCCCUCCCUCUCUCCAGGGUGUUACACCUCUGCAGGUUGUCCUGCCUAACACCGCCCUGCAUCUGAAAGCCCUCUUGGACUUUGAGGAUGACCAUGGCGGCAAAUACGUUGCUGGGGAUGAAUGGCUGUUUGAAGGUCCUGGUAAGUGAGAAUAAGCUGAAGUUCAGUUGUGGCACAAAUGCAUGGUACACAGAGCGCUGGCUUCCCCAGUUAAAAGGAACAGGUAGGAGGUGGUGUGAAGAGCCUUCACCUGAGACUUUUGCUGGUCAGACUAGACCAGGGCUUCCCAAACUUGGUCCUCCAGUUUUGUUUUGUUUGGACUGCAGUUCCCAUCAUCCCUGACUACUGGUCCUGCUAGCUAGAGAUGAUGGGAUUUGUAGUCCAAAACCAGCCAGAAACCCAAAUUUGGGGAAACGCUGGACUAGACAAUAGGUGGACCAAACAGCCUGGCCUGAUGAAAGUUCAUCUGUGUGGUUUGAGGCCCACCUUCUUGUUUAACAUCCUUGUUGUUCAUAGGCACCUACAUCCCACAAAAGGAGGUCGAAGUUGUGCAGACUAUCCAGGCCACCAUCAUUCGGCCCAACCAAGCCAUAAGACUUCAGGCACGGAAAGAGUGCAAGGACAGAGAGGGCAAUAAGCGCGUGACAGGUAUUCCUGCCAUCCCACCCGCAGUCUUGUAAGGUGUUCUGUUUUUCCAAUAUGACCUGCCUUGUGACUCCCUCUUCUUCACAGGUGAGGAGUGGCUGGUGAAGCGGGUUGGGGCUUACCUGCCAGGCGUGUUCGAGGAAGUAGUUGAUACCGUUGACGCCUAUGUCCUGACUGAAAAGGUGAGUGAUGGGCUUGUUGCCCCUCGUGGUGAGUGGAGGAGGCAUGUGGGUCAAGUCUCUGCUGCAGUAGCUGAGCAAGGAUGUUUUGUAGGAUAUUGUUAAGAGUGCUCAAGGUCCAUACUUUGGAGAAUGGGGAAUCACAACAGCUCUGAGGGGAAAGUGAUUGCUCAUCAGCUACCUCUUGGCUCUCCAGCCUAGGCACUUACAGUUGAUUACCCUGCAGGUGGUUGAAAAUACAAUAUUUUCAGAGUCAGAGCAAACAAGUGGGUGGGACAGCUUUUAUUUUUGCCCCCCUCUGCUUCUCCCUCCCUGCUCAUUAGACUGCCAGGGAAGAGGCCAAUAUCUUUUGCCAGAGCUCUGAACUGACCACUUGCAAAGUUUUUUUUGAAAUAUAUAAUUCAGCUUAGGGCCAUGUAAAAUUAGGCAAAGGGCCUCAGAUGGCUCUCUUGUGCUCCAGCCCAGUGGUUCCCAAUUAGCUAAGUACUGAUGACCCCCUGUUUUUCAAAAGCCAAGCUGUUAAAUAGUUCCUUUAAACAGCCUACCUAGACCAUUUCCCAUGCUCAGGGAUAGGCAACCUAAGGCACCGGGACCGGAUGCGGCCCAAUUGCCUUCUCAAUCCGGCCCACGGAUGGUCUGGGAAUCAGCAUGUUUUUACAUGAGUAGAAUGUGUCCUUUUAUUUAAAAUGCAUCUCUGGGUUAUUUGUGGGGCAUAGGAAUUCGUUUAUUAUUAUUCUCAAAAUAUAGUCAGGCCCACCACAUGGUCUGAGGGACAGUGGCUGGAAAAGGUUGCUGACCCCUGCCCAUGCUGCAGUUGGCGUGGCCACCUGUUGGUGACCACAUGAACUGCAGAACAUGAUGGCACCUUAGGUUUUUAUGUAUAUAGGAAGAUAUAUACAGUCUAUGGAUGUGUGCGGGGGGGGGGGGGAACAGAAUUUAAAAUGGUCAAAAAGCCAUGGAAUGAAUCACAGAUUUUUUUUUAAAAAGCACAUGUUCAUUAAUCUAGAUAAAACCUGAGUUGUUACAUAACUUCAUCAGACUGAAGUUACGUAUCUUUUUUUCCCUAAUGCAUCUGAAUAUUAUUGAAGUAUGAUGGUACAGUAUCACAGCUGGCUAGUAGAAAGUGAUUGGCUACCACAGCCAGCCAGAAUGACUAGUUGUGUGUGUGGAGGUCACUUGUAUGAAAAGUAUGUGGAAAAACAAUGGUGGCUUUCCCCACAAAUUCAUGCCAUUGUCUUUUUCCCCCUUCCCUCCUCAUAGAAAGCGCUGCACCUCCGGGCCUCAAAGACGUUCCGGGACUCCCAGGGUGUUACCCGGAAGACAGGAGAAGAGUGGCUGGUCACCAUGGCUGACACCGAGGCCCACAUCCCCGAUGUUUACGAGGAAGUCCUGGGUGUUGUCGAUAUCACCACCUUGAACAGCUGCCAGUACUGCGUGGUUUGUGACCCAGUUGGAGCAGAUGGCAAACCCCAACUGGGACAGAAGAAGGUGAUCAAGGUAUGCGCCCAAACUCACGUAGCACAGAGGACUUUGGGGGCACAGUACUUGAAACCUCAGAAAGCACCAUGGGAGUUUCACACUAGUAAUUACGGCCAAUCUCUUUACACUGUAGGAGGGUGAAUCUAUUUACAGUGGUGCCCCGCAAGACGAAUGCCUCGCAAGACGGAAAACCCGCUAGACGAAAGGGUUUUCCGUUUUUGAGUUGCUUCGCAGGACGAAUUUCCCUAUGGGCUUGCUUCGCAAGACGAAAAUGUCUUGCGAGUCUAGAGAUUUUGUUUUCGCUUUCCCCCCCCCUUUAUCUAAUCUGCUAAGCCUUUAAUAGCCUUUAAUAGCCUUUUAGCAGCUAAUCCGCUAAGCCUUUAAGCCUUUAAUAGCCGCUAAACCGCUAAUAGCGCUAAUCCGUUAAGCCGCUAAUAGGGUUGCUUCGCAAGACGAAAAAACCGCUAGACGAAGACUCUCGCGGAACGGAUUAAUUUCGUCUUGCGAGGCACCACUGUAUCUGUAUACUGAUAUUAGGCAGGGGCCUGCUAAAAACUUCAUUGUUUCACCAAGUCCAGGCAUCUAAUUUUAGCAUGUGAUAUGUGGUUUUAGUGAGUACAAGUGUUUUAUAAUGUUGUGUGUGUGUUUGUGGUAUUUUUAAAUUAUUGCUUUAGACUGUCUCGCAUCACUUAGGAGGUCUUUUGUUCUAGUAAGUGGUAUAUACAUUUUGUAAAAUAGAAUCGCCACAUUUCUCAAGCUGGCUGCAGAGCCGCCCCCUGCCUCCCUCUCUGAUUUUCUCCAACCCUCAUUGCUGUUUCCGCAGGGGGAGAUAUCGUUCUUCCUGCAGCCUGGAGAGUGGCUGGAGCAGGGCAUCCAAGACGUUUACAUCCUUUCGGAAGAAGAGGGCCUCCUGCUCCGUGCCCUUCGCCCCUUGGAAGAAACAAACGAGGUAGAAGGACCUGAGCUUGCAGUGGGGGCAGGUCCGCUGGAGCACAUGGGGCGCUGCUGCCCCAUUGCGUGACCGCCAGCCCAACCAGUCCAGGGGGUGGCCCUGGCUGUCAGCAGCCUCCUCUUUAGUCUCGGCAGCAACAGCAGGUUGGGGGAGGACAAAACUAGAAUUCCUUGGCUCUGCCUCUCAUUGGCUCUGGCCUCCCUGCCUUCUGCCCUCCCAGUGCUAAUCGGCACCGGCCACCCCUGUGAGCUUGUGCUUGCGCCAGGGAAAAAGACUGGUGGCGUCAAUGCAGGUGGGCACGGGAGGAGCCAUUUCCCCCUGUUGUCUUUCUCCCUUGCACCCAGGACGGAGAGGAGGUUACGCACAAGCCGGGUGACCGUUGGCUGAUCCGGGGGCCCCUGGAGUACGUGCCGCCGGCCGAGGUGGAAGUGCUGGAGCGGCGCCACUCCAUCCCGCUGGCUGAGAACGAGGGCAUCUAUGUGCGGGAUAUCAAGACUGGGAAGGUGAGUGGAGCAGGCAAGACAGCGGUUACCGGAUAUCGGCUGCUCCUGGAGAAGCCUCUACGCAGCGCAGCCUAAACACACCAAUUAGCAGCACCCUUGAGACACACACACCUCCAGAGGUCACUGCUAACAAAAGUAUCGUGGCACUCAGGACACAGUUUGUGUAUUUGUGUACAUUAUUUAUUAACCGUCCUUCAGUUGAAGCUUAAGAGCAGGUCUCUCUCUCUCUCUCUCUCUCUCUCUCUCUCUCACACACACACACACACACACACACACACACACACACAAAAUCGGGAGUGCAAAAGAUAUCAUAUGACUUCUAUUCUGGUGCCUUGGUUGUGGUCCUUUGCAGGGAUUAGAGAGAGAGUCCCUUGAAUAUGAUCCUCUGCUAGAAGCAAUGCUGAAGGUCGUUUUCCACCGGCAGAAGACCCCAGUAAAAUGUCCCUCCAGCAAUCCAGCUGUUUUGCUGUUUCGCUGGAGAGGGUGUCAGGAAAGAGCCCACCCCCACCCCCCGGUGGCACUCCUGGAGGGACAGUGUUCAAGUCAAAGGGUUCCAGGGUCAGAUUUUCCCAACUCUUUCUGAGCUUAUUGGGGCAGCUGAACCGAAGCUUGCUCUCUGAUCACCGGAAAGUGCACAACCCCCUCAGAAAACUUUAAGGAAUUAGAGGCAUUUCUCUUGGCAUGGAGGUUGCACUCGGUUGGAAAAGCUAGGACAGGUUUUUCCAGAAAGGUUGGUUGGCCCAUGUAUGGUCAGUUGUACUUCCUGAGCGCCAUAGGGUUACUCAACACUAUAGAGGGUUGUCAGAGGUCCUUUGAGAAGGAACCAUUAUGAGGAAUUGUGGUUCCUUUCUUAUGCUGUGUAACAGAAUGUGCCUCAAACCAGCCCACUAGUUUCUCCUUUCACAUGAUGGGGAAGACUACUGCUCUCGAGGCAAGACAUUCGCUACUUGAUGUAACACUCUCUCCAGUUAAGAGUGCCUAAUUGGGUUCCUUUCCUCUGUCGUUAUUUUUUCAAAUAUAUUGAGAAAAAAAUUUACUUUCCAAUGCUUAGUAUGUUUGUUGGUUAUUUGUUCCUUGCUUUUGUACUUGCUCCUCCCCCCCACAAAAAUAAUAAAAAUGAAUUGCCAAAAAGAAAGAAAAAGCAUUUGAAAGAAAGAAGCCAUUUUGUUUGCUAGGCUGUGUAAAGUGAAUAUAUAAUAUUCCAGGUUAUUCUGGUAGGCUUUUCAGCCAAUGAUGUUAUUGCAGCUUAUUCCAAUCUAUUGUACCAGAGCUCAGCAUAGUUCCUGACUGCUCGCUCUCUCUCUCUCUCUCUCUCUCUCUCUCUCUCUCUCUCUCUCUCACAGGUCCGAGCUGUAAUUGGCCACACUUACAUGCUGUCUCAGGAUGAGGAGCUGUGGGAGAAGGAGCUUCCGCCCCACGUGGAGGCCUUGUUGACUGUCGGAAGGGACGCUGUUGUUGAUCGUUCCAGGGAUACAUCUGAAGGGGGCACUGGGGCGGCCCGUGACCGGACUCGGGUCGUGACCUACCACGUCCCCCACAAUGCCGCAGUGCAAGUGUACGACUACAAGGAGCGGAAGUCCAGGUGAGAGGACCAGUGAGGGAGUGUGAGAUUUCCCUCCACCCUUGGAAGAAAGCUAAACGUGAAACAUGAGGGGAGCAGUAUGUUAUUUGAGGGUCUUACUUAACUCAGUAAUUGGGAAGCCCAUGUUCUUCCAUUACGUCGUUGGACUACAACUCCCGUUGUUCCUGUUCCUUGGCCUUGCUGGGCUGGAGCUGGUGGGACUUGGAUGCCCGCUGACCACAAGUUCCCCCACCCCUGGCUUACAUUUGGGAAUUAAUUUCAGGAAUUUGUGGCCUCUGACCCGACAGGAAGCCUUUCCUCCUUAAUCGUAGGUGGAGGGGCUGCUGGUCUGUUCUGUGGGAGUUUCCCACAAGGCAAAGCAUCGCCCUGAGAAGCUCUGAGUUAGCUUUUUCUUGGCAACGGCUGAUGGUGGAAUGAAGCCUUAGCAGCCCCACCCUCCCAAUUUGAACCUGCUCCUCUAAGCCCCCUUCCCCUUGCCUGAGAAGGGUGGCUCCUCAAAGAGCCAACCUUUUGGCCUGAAGGUGGCAGGCAUUCCUGCUUUGUUUUGUGGCCUCUCGCCUGGCAUUCUCCCUGUGGCAGACUCUUCAGGUGAACUGCGCUUGGAGGAAGUCACCUGUAAAGGGUUCUGCAGGCCCCUGGCUAGCAACCUCUGGUUCUGCAUCAGGAAACCUUGGCCAGUGACACAGCAGCCCUAGCUUCUGCUGGUUCCACCUGCUCUCUCUGCCCUUGUUCCAAGAGCCUUGGCACCAAAAGCAGAUGGUGUGACUAAGGUUUCUUCCAGGCGAGCUGUCGUGUUCGUUUUUCAUUCAUUCACCCGCAUCCUUUUGUGUUCAUAUCCCGCCUUUCCUUCAAGGAACUUGAGAUAGCAUCCAUGGCUCUUGCACAUGUGUGCACACACACAUUUUAAUUUAAUUUAAUUUAAUUUUUGCUGCAACCCUGCAAUGUAGGUUAGGUUGAGAGCUCGUUCCUAGCUUAUUGUUUCCCAGUGAGCUUUUGACAGCAUGGUUGCCUUACAGCAGGUUUAUUCUGCCCAGGAUGGGCAGGCAAAGCUGUACUGAACCUUCUGAGGGCUUCUGUGAGGCCCAUAGUUAGAGAGUUUCUCUAGAAGACUAGAAACAAUGAAAGGAAGCCACUAAUGAAAGGACCUCCUAACAUGGGAUCAGGUGUUUUCAAAACUAGGGGUGAUUCAUCACUAAUCCUACUCUUAAUAGGAAGCUGCAAAACGAGUGGAAACAUUUUAUGAACCUUGUGGGAGACCUUUUCUGAACGGGACUUCCUUGUGAGUAAGCAUUUUGAAAGGGCUGAGGUCAUAAAGAUAGGCAUCACUGGUCAGUUCUGCGCUGCUCUAAAUGCUUUGCGAAAUCCCUCUUUUAACUCCACUUCUGUUGUGGAAAAUCAGUGUCUCAGCAGGAAUAAAUGAGUUUAGGGUAGAUGGCAGUUCUGUCUUGGUUGAGCAGUAUCUUGGGAACAUCUCCGACGUAGGUGGGCUAUGAAGAUCUGUGCUGGUGGAGGUGCCGUGUUCCUUUCAAGAGUUCAUUUCAAAGUCAGUUGGAAAUGAAGUUUAAUGUCCCCCCCUUUUAUUCCCCCUCAGGGUGGUUUUUGGGCCAGAACUUGUGCUUCUGGGUCCAGAUGAACAGUUCACGGUGCUCAGCCUGUCGGGGGGCCGACCCAAGCGCCCCCAUGCUCGCCGUGCCCUCUGCCUCCUCCUGGGGCCGGAUUUCUGCACUGAUGUUGUCACCAUUGAAACGGCUGACCAUGCCCGCCUGCAGCUGCAGCUGGCUUACAACUGGUGAGUUGGAGACUACUGCUGUUGGGAGGCCGAAGGGAGACCCUCAGGUGGGCCAGAAGGGUGUUGUGCUGGGGGGGGGGGGACAUGUUGAUAAAAGUAUGGAGGACUGAAAGUACAGUGGUACCUCGGGUUACAGACGCUUCAGGUUACAGACUCCGCUAACCCAGAAAUAGUACCUCGGGUUAAGAACUUUACCUCAGGAUGAGAACAGAAAUCGUGUGGUGGCAGUGGGAGGCCCCAUUAGCUAAAGUCGUACCUCAGGUUAAGAACAGUUUCAGGUUAAGAAUGGACCUCCAGAAUGAAUUAAGUUCUUAACCCAAGGUACCACUAUAUGCACAGAACUGAGUAUUUUUGUUAUUUUCUUUUUUAUGUUAUCUAUAAGUCUUACAGUGCACGCAGGCAUACACUGUGUGCUUUAUUCUCCUCCCAGAAUUCAUACGUUUUUUUGAAGCCUCUGGGUUAGCUCAGUUGGUUAAAGUAUGAGAUUCUUAAUCUCAGGGUUCUGGGUUCAAGCCCCACACUCGAACAAAUCCUGAAAGAAUCCUGCAUUGCAGGGGUUGGGCCAGGUGACCCCUGAGGUCCCUUCCAACUCCAUAAUUCUAUGAAAUAAAACAGGAUGGGGAAAGGCGCAUGUGUCACCCAGAUAUCUUUACAGUUCACGUGUAAAGCAAACGUGGGGUGUAUUUCUUUUUUAAACGAGAAAGAACACAUGAUGGAGUGGAGGGCAACCCGCCCCUCGCUCCCCAGAUUUAUUCUCCACCUUCCCUCAUUGUGCUCUACAGUAUUUAAGCCAUUUCUCCCAGUCCUCUGGCUCAGUUCCAGCAUGGCAGACAGGCUGGAAGGAAACUGGCCAGAAGAAAACUACUUGCACGCAGCAAGACUGCAGCAAAGUGUGUGUUGUGUGUGCCAGGGGGAGGCUGUCGUUUCCACCCCUCACUCAUUCCUGGUCUGGGUGGGUAGGUGGGUGUGUUUUGAAAUAGACCCAGACCCACAUAUGUUUGUGUUUCUGCCCUUUUACUUACAUAUCUCCACUGCGUUUUAUUUGGCACAAAGUAAUUUUUCAGCAGGAUCACAAUGGAUAAAAUGUGAGUUGGAGGGAAGGAAUGAGGUGGGGCCAUGGGAGGUCAGGUCAAGUUGGCUAAGAGUUGUGGGAGAUGACAGAUAACAGUAUCUGUCAGGGAAGACAAGUGUGUUUUGCUUAAGUCCCGUUCCAUAAGUACUGGAAGACAGUGCUGCCAAGGCAGGCAGGCUCUCUGAACCUUGACUACACACUGCUGCUGUCAUGUAUUUUUAUAUUUGUUUAUACAACUGAGGACUAUCAAGUAUAUCCACCAAUUUCCCCCCUCAGGCACUUUGAGAUCCCCUCUGCUGCUGAAGCUUCCCGCCUGUUUAGUGUCCCAGAUUUUGUUGGUGACGCCUGCAAGACCCUGGCCUCUCGUAUCCGGGGGGCAGUGGCUGCCGUCACCUUUGACGACUUCCAUAAGGUGAGCUGUGUUUUCCCCCUUGACUUCCUGUCACUCGGAGGGCAUAAAUACUUACUUGUGUCUCUAUUUUUUUUCCUUUCUGUUUGGGAAAAAAAACAUUCCUUAGUCCUGUAUUCAUCAAUAUCCAUGGCCAGACCAAUAUAUUUUGCUGCCUAAGGCAAAGUGGCAGGUCUUGGUUUUGCAUUGUCAUUUCCCCAGUUCAUUAUACUAAUGCGUUAGCUGGCGCGGAAGCUGUGAAAUGCUAUUUCUUACUGGAAAUGAAUGUUGCCAGAACUCGAACCGCCUGAUCUGUGCUGCCGUGUUUGGCUUCGAUGGGGAAGGAACCAUGCGCGGCUCCCUCCGGUUCGCCCCCAACGGCCUUGUCAUCAGCAGCAUUGACAUCCAGAGCGUGGAGCCCGUGGACCAGAGGACGCGAGAUGCCCUCCAGAAAAGCGUCCAGCUGGCUAUCGAGAUCACCACCAACUCUCAGGAGGCAGCUGCCAAGUAGGGAACCUCUCCGGGGGGUGGGGUGGGGGGACCCUCAAGCCGACACUUCCCCAGCUAUGCUCCAAUCCAUGUGACACUUCCUUGGCCAAAGCAUUGCCUGGUCCCUCCUCCUCUUUGGCCUGUUAUUCCUGUUCCCCCAUCAGGACAAAAUGUCCAUGAAACAACCAUCUGUCCAGAAUUCUGACUCUGGAGCAUCAUGAUACAUGCAGUGUCAUUUUGGAAAAUCCUUAGAAAUCAUGCUAGUUGCUUUUUUAAAAAAAAACAACCAGUGUAAUUCAUAGCGACUUAAGACAACAUGAAAACCACCCUAAAAAUAAAACAGAAAAAUCUAAUACUCAUUCCUGUUUUUAAAAGGCAGGACUGUUUUCUAUAUCCAGUGUGUGCGCACACAUCCAGUAUUUUGCAUGGACAUGGCAUGUAGAUUUCAAAAUCCUGUACCAAAUUAAAGCUGGUCUUUAUGGCCACCAGGAAUUACGCAGUUAUCGCUCUCUUUCCAUCCAAGAUUAGCUCCCAGAGUAGCUCUCAAUUAAAACUCACGCAAGUGGUACAAUAAAAUUAGGGAUUUGGGAGGGGAUGAUCUCUUCAGUCCAGACCCCGGGCUCGGCUCUGCUCUGCUCUCAUUCAAAGACAAGCAGCCCUCUCUGCUGGGCAGAUGAAACAGCUGUGCACACCCCUCUCGUGUCCUGUUGCUUGUUCUGCUUUAGCUAGCUGUGAGAAGAGGCAAGGAGCUAAACACGGCUCUGCAACCACCGGAAAUCUGAUUCGGGCAUCUCUCUGGCUUCUGAAAUUUCAGCAGGUCAUUGAGGUGCCACACUUUCAAGCAUGUCUUGGCAGCUGCAUGGGCAGUUUAAGGCUUCCCAAGCUCCUUUCUUGACUCCAUCCAAGUGUCGACAUCUAUUGCUUUCAAAACAUCCAAGCCCCACAAGGAGUUUUCCCUUGUCCCUCUCCAUCUUCCUGACCCUUCCACAAGUGGCAAGCGGUCUCUCCCACCCCCUUUCCCUUUCAGACCACCAGAGCUUCAGACCGAGAGAGGAGGGCGGCAACUUUUUUGCAGUCCUUCAAAUGGAUGAAUCUCUGCCCUGCCCACUCUGCCCUUCUGUUUUCUCCUUCUCUGAUACCAUUUUCUUUUCCCCACAUCUCAGGCACGAAGCAGAGAGGCUGGAGCAAGAGGCUCGCGGGCGUCUUGAGCGGCAGAAAAUCCUUGACCAGGCCGAGGCCGAACGGGCCCGGAAGGAGCUGCUGGAGCUGGAAGCACUGAGGUGAGCGAGUCAGGACUGAGAAGGGGCCAACCCCGAAGGGGCCCUGAGUGUCGCAUGGGCCUGGCGGCAGAUAACGCCCAGGGGGGUUUCACCUUCCCUCACUCCUCUCCCCACAGCACAGCGGUCGAGAGCACUGGGGCAGCAAAGGCCGAAGCCCAGUCACGGGCAGAAGCUGCCCGGAUUGAAGGUGAAGGGGCAGUACUGCAGGCCAAGCUGAAGGCCGAAGCCACGGCCAUAGAGACGGUGAGCUCCUCUGUGUCCUCUUGUGGUUCCUUCCUAGUCUUCCUUCCUCUUGGUGCCAAGACAGUGGUGGCUCUCCUGUUCUCCUCUCUAGCACAGUGCAGUGGUACCUUGGUUCUCAAACUUAAUCCAUUCUGGGAGUCCGUUUGACUCCCGAAACCGUUCAAAAACUAAAGUGUGGCUUCCAAUUGGCUGCAGGAGCUUCCUGCACUCAAUCGGAAGCCACGUCCACAAACCGGAACACUUCCAGGGUUGCGGCGUUCAGGAGCCGAUUUGUUCGACAGCUAAGCCGUUCAGGAACCAAGGUACCACUGUGUCGUGGGCUGCUGGGAAAACUCAUCUGAAAACUUAUGUUGACUACUAUAAUUUCUUCUUUUUUGUGUUCUUUUUUUAAAAUCUCCAAAGCAUUUGUCACUAAACAGUUUUUUAUACAUACAUAGUUUCUUCUUGACUUCCCACCCCUUCUUUCCUGAUGUUUGUUUUUUAACUCCUUUUUAUUAACUGUUUCGAUAAUCCACGGCUUAUAUUUCAAAUCCUGCCUACGACUUCAUGUAUGGGUGAUAAUUUGACAGAUAAAUCCAUCUGUGAUCUCAUUUCCUCCUUAAACACUUCGUCAUUGUGUCCUUGUAAUUUAGCAGUCAAUUCGCCAUUUUUCCAACUGCUAUAAUUUCCCUUCCAACUGUCAGAAGCUUGCUUACUCUCUUCCUUUCUGUGCUUAACUCAUAACUGCACCUUUAGCCUAAUAAUAGCGUUGUUUUGGUUCUCUGUUUUGUUAGCACAGUUCUCUAGCGCUUGCCAGGGUUGGGGCAUUUUGCUACAGUAGUGGAUUUUUUUGCACGGAGAUAUAGUUGAGUUGGACGGCAUGCUGAGAUCCAUUUCAGCUCUAGCAUUCUACCCUUGUCUGAGUGGAAUUAAAAAUUCCUGAUUAAGAAAAUGUUUCUUAAUCAAUACAUCAAGAACACUACACUCGGGAACGCCUGACCUGGAGACUUUUAAAAUUCCAUGGCUCAGCUAUUCCAGGAGCCUUUGGCUCGGUGGCUCCUUCGGCGAGCCCUAGGCCCUGGCAGCUGCCCAAAUUUGUUUAGAAGAAAUGAUGGCUGUAUUAGUGGCACGUUUGAAUUUUUAAAUACAUUGACUGAAUCCAGAAGUGCCUUUCUCAAUACAAAAGCCAUCUUCCUCUUGUCGAAGUGGUGCCUCUCUUUAUACCCUUGUCUCCAGGACAUUGGGAAAGAAAAGUGGAAAAUAAUAAUAAAUGCUUUUCCUUUGGUGUAAAGCUCUUCCAUAAUUGGAAGUAUGAGACCCAGUUAUCAAGACUGCAUGCCACACGCUGCUCUGCUUCUAGGCUCUUGUGCAGAUGUUUUAACGUAGAGCUGGCUUAAAAACUGUGGCCCUCCAGAUGUUGGUGAAUUCCCAACUCAAGCUACCUUGAGUCCUGCCAGGGGGAAAAGCGAGGUAUAGAUAAAUCUACAAUAAUAUAUAAUAAUCGGCCACCAUGGUCAAUGGCAAGGAAUGGUGGGAGUUGUAAUCCAAGGCCAUCUGCCCCUGGUUUAAGGAACUGUGCUAGUGGACCGCUUUUGCUUCCACUCAGAUGUUUGGAUCCAAACCAAUGUGUCCUCCUAGGUGCAAUGUUUAUUUCAGAAAAACAACCCAAACCCUUUUAUGCCGGUUGUCCUUGUCCCAUGUGCUGAGCAUCUUGCGCACUCUCUUCCCCACCAUCCCUUGCAGGAGUCAGAACUGAAGCGCCUGGACCGAGCGCGAGAGCAGGAGCUGCGCUUCUGCAAGACUCAGGCUGAGCUGGACGUGGCUCGGGCGGAGGCUCUGGCCGCUGUUGAAGUGAAGAAAUUUGAGGCUGUGAUAAAUGCGCUGGGGGCCAGCACUAUCCGUGACAUUGCUGUGGCCGGCCCAGAGAUGCAGGUGAGAAGCGAGGAGAGGAGAGAGGGUUCUGGAGCAAUAGGGAGGGGUUCUUUAGAAGUGUGUCACUUUUAUCGGGGAAGGAGCCGUAGCUCAGUGGCAAAGCUUGUGCUUGGCCCCAGUUCUAUCCCUGCUGGCGGCUUCCGUUAGGAAGGAUCUGGCAACAGGUGAUAGCCUGCCAGGUGGAGUAGAAGAUAACUGAACUUUUUCUAAAGCAAGUAACUUGACCUGGUCUAAUGACUUGAGGGAUGUGGGGGGCAAAACAGAACUUGAGUGUUAGCGACAAAGAAUCCUAAGAGAUUGCUAUGUUUUGGCCAAGGGGAUUGAUGAAUUAUCUCACUAAUCUUGGGCAAGGUCCAAGGGUGGUCGUGGACCAGAUCCAGGCAUUCUUGGAGGAAAAUGAUUUUCUAGAUCCUUUUCAGUCGGGGUUCAGGUCUGGUUUUGGCACAGAAACUGCUUUGGUUGCCCUGUAUGAUGACCUCUGUUGGGAGAGAGACAGGGAAAAUGUGUCCCUGUUAAUUCCCCUCGACGUCUCAGUGGCUCUCAAUACCAUCGGCCACUGUAUCCUUCUGGAGUUAGGAGUGGGUAGCCCUGAGUGCCCAGCUGCACCCCUAUCUGCAGAGGGGUAGCCUAAGUUUGGUUGUCUGUGCUCUAGUAACCUCUAGAUUAGAUUACUGCAAGACAUUAUAUGUGGGGCUGCCUCUGAAGAUGGUUUGGAAAUUUCAGCUGGUGCAGAAUUUGGCAGCCAGGCUGCUCACCUGGGCAAGAUGAUUUGAGCGUAUUAUACUGAUCAUGGCCCAACUGCACUGGCUGCCAAUGAGUUUCCAGGCCUAAUUCAAAGUGCUGGUUUUGACCUUUAAAGCUUUAAAUGGCUCAGGACUACCUCUCCCCAUAUGACCCAACCUGGACCCUGCAAUCAUCCUCUGAGGCCCUUCUUCAUGUGACUCCUCCAUGAGAUGUCUGGAGGGUGGCCAUUUCUGUGGUGGCUCCCCAUUUGUGGAAUGCCCUCUCCAGGGAAGCUUGCCUGGUGCCUUCAUUACAUAUCUUUAGGCCUUUGGCUGAUUGAUGUUCUAUGCCUUUCAAAAUGUGUUAGUGGGAGGGGGGGGUUAUUGGUUUUUGUUAUUUUAUUUUAUGUCCUCAUUUUAUAUUUUUAGGUUGUGCCCUGUGAUCUUUGGAUGAAGGGUGGUAUACAGAUUUAAUUAUAUUAUUAUUAAUAAAAUAAAUUAUCUUCCAUGCAGGCAAAACUACUCCAGGGCCUGGGCAUUCAAUCCACACUCAUCACAGAUGGUUCUUCCCCUAUCAACCUUUUCACAGCUGCAGGAGGAUUGUUGGGGAUUUUGCCCAAGCCUUCUGAGACCUGAUAGAUCCUGGAGAUGGAUGCUUCCCUUCCGGAUGAAAGCUUUCUUUAAGUACCUUUGCAAACAACAUAGAAUGUAAUAAUUUCCCCAGGCCAUCGGAGCCUCCUUUGAAUGUGCCUUUUUUUUGUGUACAAGUAUACAAUAAACACUGAAGCAAUCUAUUCUA